UCACAGGGAGACAGUCCACUUAAAUGCAGCUCCAGAGCUGCGGACACCCACCAGCAUCAGUCCCCGUGUGAGGUGGCAAAUGCAACAUGCUCUCCAGCUUGGGGUGUCUACUUCUCUGUGGAAGUAUUGCACUAGCCCUGGGAAAUGCACAGAAAUUGCCAAAAGGUAAAAGGCCAAACCUGAAAGUCCACAUCAAUACCACAAGUGACUCUAUCCUCUUGAAGUUCCUGCGUCCAAAUCCUGAUGUAAAACUGGAAGGUUUUCUCCUGGGAUAUGGCAGCAAUUUAUCACCAAACCAGUACUUUCCUCUUCCCACAGAAGGGAAAUACACCGAGGCUGUAGUCGAUGCGGAGCCGAAAUAUCUGAUCGUGGUGCGGCCUGCCCCUGUGCCAAGUCAAAAGAAGUCAUGCUCAGGCAAAAGACGCUCUCGCAAACCUCUCCAGCUGGUGGUUGGCACUCUGACACCAAGCUCUGUCUUCCUGUCCUGGGGUUUCCUCAUUAACCCACACCAUGACUGGACAUUGCCGAGUAACUGUCCCAAUGACAGGUUUUAUACAAUUCGCUAUAGAGAAAAGGAUAAGGAAAAGAAAUGGAUUUUUCAACUCUGUCCAGCCACUGAAACAAUUGUAGAAAAUCUGAAGCCUGACACAGUUUAUGAAUUCGGAGUGAAAGACAAUGUAGAGGGCGGAAUUUGGAGUAAAAUUUUCAAUCACAAGACUAUUAUUGGAAGUAUAAACAAAGUAAAUGGAAAAAUUCAAAGUACCUAUGAUCAAGUAAACACAGUGCCAGCAUAUGUCCCAAGGAAGCUGAUCCCAAUAACAAUCAUCAAGCAAGUGAUUCAGAAUGUUACUCACAGGGCUUCCACAAAAUCCCCAGAUAAGUCUCCCAUUGGAGGAACAAUACUAGUCCACCUUGUUAUUCCUGGCCUUAAUGACACAACUGUAAAACUUCCUACAUCCAUAAUGUUUGAGAUUUCAGAUGCAAUCAAGACACAAUUAGCUAAGAAUGAAACCUUGGCAUUACCAGCUGAAUCUAAAACACCAAAGGUAGAAAAAAUCCCAGCACAGCCCAUAACAGUGUCUCCUGAAUCAAUUCCAAGAACCACUAAACCCACUGUAUCUAGUGCCUUAGACAUUUCAGAAACAACACUGGUUCUCAGCGAAAAGACCCCGGAAAGAUUCCAAAGUAUUCUAAUACCUAGGUUUGAAUUACCACUGAGCACUCUAGCUCCGAAAAGACUUCCAGAAUUUCCUCAGGCAAAAACACCCUUCCUUUUUGAGAAACCUGGGGGCAGCUGGGCUUCAAGUGAAAAGCCAUGGACUGUACCUAUAACUAAAACAUCUGAAGACUCCAAAGUUCUACUGCCUCAAACUGCAGCUUAUGAUGUUUACUCCAGCCCUACAUCAUCAGAUGAGCCUGAAAUAUCAGAGUCCCACACAGCAACAAGUGAUCCAUUUCUGGAUUCUGUCCCACCUAAAACUUCUAGAACUCUUGAACAGCCAAAGGCAACACUGGCUCCAAGUGAAAUACCAUUUGGUCCUCAAAAAGUGGAAAUCAUUCCCCAUCCUGAAAGGCAACCUACAACACCUGCUCCCCUGCAAACUACAUCCAUCCCUUCUACACCUAAACAACGCCUCAGGCCCAAACCACCAAGAAUCAAACCUGAAAGAACCAAAAGUCCUGGAACAACAGCAUCUAAAAUUUCUAAAAGCCCUGAACCAACAUGGACAACACUGGCCCCGGAACCUCAGACUCCAACACCAUCGCGGUCGGCAAUAGUCUCAGAACCUGGAACACGGGGAGCCAAACCUGCAACAACAUUAGCUCCACGAAAGACUAAACGACCAGGUCGUCGACCCCGCCCUAAAACCACUCCUAGUCCAGAUGUGCCCAAGUCCAAACCUGCUCUGGAACCUGCUACAGUACAACAGGAGCUCUUGGUGCCCACGAUUGAUUCAAAACCACCAAAGCAAUUACUUCCUAAACCCCAAACCACAGCAAAACCAGAUGUGCCUUCAAUUAAAGCUGCCUUUAAGCCUGUUACAGUUGAGACUGACUCUCCCGCCAUAAGCAUAGUUCCUGCCACAGACAUUGAACCUGUAACUCUGAGAACUGAGGCUCCCUGGACAACAAUAGCUCCAAAAACAUCACGACGACCAAGAACACGUCGUCCACGUCCCCCAAUUCCAAAACCCUCCAAACGUAAAACCACGCCAAGCCCAGAGGCACCGCAGACAGUACUAGACAUUGAACCUGUUACUCCUGGGACAUCUUUAGCUCCAACAACAACAACAAAGAGACCCCGUCGUCCACGUCUCAAACCUAAAACCACACCCCGUCCAGAAGUACCUCAGGCUACACUGGCUCCUGCCACAAUCUUUGAACCAGUUAUCCUUACAACCGAGGCUCCAGGGAUGACACUAGCUCCUGCUACAGUCCUUGAACCUGUUACACCUGUAAAAGAGGCUCCAGUGACAGCAUUUGUUCCUGUUACAGAUAUUGAACCUGUUACUUUUACAACUGAGACCUCUGGGACAACAUUAGCUACCAAAGCACCAAAAAGGCCCCGUCGUCCACGUCCCAGACCUAAAACCACACCGAGCCCUCAAGUACCUCAGACCAAACUGGGUAAAGAUUCCUUGGUUCCUGCUACUGUCCUUGAACCUGUCACUCUUAGACCGCAGGCCCCAGGAACAACAUUAGCUUCCAAACCGUCACAACGCACAGGUCGCCCAUGUCCCAGACCAAAAACCACACCACCUCCUGAAACACCCGAGUCCAAACCAGUUUCUACUGCAGACUUUGAACCGGUUACAUUCAGGACUGAGCCUUGGGUAACAACACAAGCUCCUAAACCAUCAAAACGGACCCGUCGUCCACGUCCCAAACCUAAAACCACAACAACUACUGAGGCUCCUCAAACCAAACUGGUUCCUAUUACAGAUCUUGAGCCUGGUACUCCUAGAACUGAAGUUCCAGAAAUCAUAGUUCUACCUACAGUCCUUGAACCCAUUGGUCUUAGAACCAAGGCUCCAGAAACAACAUUAGCCUCGGCAGAAACAGACUAUGUAUAUCCCACUGCCAAAGCACCACUCAGGCCAGGGGAGCCAAACACCGAAGGUGUUGUGGAAUCUAUUACAAAUGUGUCUGAACCACCUGAGACCACAUUAGCUCCCAAGCAAAUACCACUCAUUCCUCCCAAGCCAAAAACAUCUCCACGUCCACGAGUCCCACAGACACAGCAAGCGGCUAAGGUGCUCCAGCGUGUUACUUCAAAGCCAAAAAUGUCACCAAAGCCAGAAGUGUCAUAUACUCCACCUGUUCCAGAGGUGCUCCUUCCCCAUAAACCAGACCACCAAGUCUCUCAGAGCGAACCUGUUCUGCAGCCUGUUACCUUUAGAAUUGAUCUACCAGAGGCAACAAUAGCUCCUUUAGAGACCCGAGGCAGCCCUCUCAUUCCUAUGAUUUCACCAAGUCCUAGUCAAGAGGAGCUACAAAGCACUCUGGAAAUAGACCAAUCCACUCAAGAACACUUCACAGCUAAGAUUCCACAAACAACUGAAAUGGCAAAGACAACUCAGGCACCACACAGAUUGCACACGGCUCCUGUGAGGCCCAGAGUACCAGACAGACCACACUCCAGACCUGUUCUGAAUAAGACAACUACAAGACCUGGUAGACCCAGACCCAGUGGGAUGCCCAAAGGGAAUGGAAUGGGAACAGGGGUCAAGGAAAUGCCAUUGAGUGCUGAUAGAAAUAUGUCCAUGAACUUUACCCACUUCACAAAGAAACCAGCCACUAUUCCAGGGACCCGCCGCCCACCCUGGCCACUUAGGCCUACACCCCCACGAAGAAAACCUUUACCACCAAACAACGUCACUGGGAAGCCAGGAAGUGCAGGAAUCAUUUCAUCAGGCUUCAGAACAUCCCCGCCCUCGAAGACAGCCCUCAGGCCUACCGGGGCCCCCUCAGACAGGACAGAGAUAGAUAAAAAGCAACCAACAGCUCCGGCCUCAGGAGAAGAUCUUGGUGAUCUAAGUGACUUUAGCUCAAGUCCAACAAGAGAAACUGAUCAUCUUGGGAAGCCCAGAUUUAAAGGUCCUCAUGUGCGAUACAUCCCAAAGCCUGACAACAGGCCCUGCUCCAUCACCGACUCCAUCAAACGGUUCCCCAAAGAGGAGGCCACGGAGGGGAAUGCCACCAGCCCGCCGCAGAACCCUCCUUCCAACCUCACAGUGGUCACCGUGGAAGGGUGCCCCUCCUUUGUCAUCCUGGACUGGGACAAGCCUCCCAAUGACACUGUCACUGAAUAUGAAGUUAUAUCCAGAGAGAAUGGGUCAUUCAGUGGGAAGAACAAGUCCAUUCAAGUUACCAAUCAAACCUUCUCCACAGUAGAAAAUCUAAAACCAGACACAAGCUAUGAAUUCCAGGUGAAACCUAAAAACCCACUUGGAGAAGGGCCAGCCAGCAACACAGUGGCAUUCAGUACUGAAUCAGCGGAUCCAAGAGUGAGUGAGCCGGUUUCUGGAGGAAGAGAUGCCAUCUGGACAGAAAGGCCCUUUAAUUCAGACUCUUACUCAGAAUGUAAGGGCAAACAGUAUGUCAAAAGGACGUGGUAUAAAAAGUUUGUAGGGGUGCAGUUGUGCAACUCUCUCAGAUACAAGAUUUAUCUGAGCGACUCCCUCACAGGAAAAUUUUAUAACAUAGGUGAUCAGAGAGGCCAUGGAGAAGACCACUGCCAGUUUGUGGACUCAUUUUUAGACGGGCGUACAGGACAGCAACUAUCUUCUGACCAGUUACCCAGGAAAGAAGGCUAUUUCAGAGCAGUUCGCCAGGAACCUGUCCAAUUUGGAGAAAUCGGCGGUCACACCCAAAUCAAUUACGUCCAGUGGUAUGAAUGUGGGACCACAAUUCCUGGGAAAUGGUAGAUGCUGCGAUCAUGGUCACAAGUGCCUUCUAUGUCAUCAUGGCAAACUACAAUCGCAAACACUACAGUAUUUGUCACAUUCAUUUAAAGCUGUUCUGUUUACUAUGUAUAAAAGUUUAAAAUCUAAUCCAUAGCAAUAUUAGAUGUUUAUUAGGAAGAUUGCUGAGAAUAUUUAUCAAGUUUUACAAAGUCAUUUUUAGAAAGCAAGAUAUUAACAUUUUUUGGGGAAGCUGGCUCCCUAUUCAUGAUAUUUUAAGAGAUCAUUUGUAUAUUAUUUAUCACACUGUUGUAAUGUUUUGAAAUACUUUUAUAACAAAAUUAACAUCAAAAACUAAUAUACAUUUUUUAAAGAUAUUUACUUUUACUAAUGUGUAUUCUUCCUAUUGGUGAACUAAUUCCAUAAAUCUCUACUUGGUUUAACUUAUUAGAUCAAAUUAUCUUCAGUAUAUAUCUAAGGGGAAAAAGGGCCCAAUAUUCACACGUUUUUUUAAACUUCAAUUUUUUAGCAACAUUUGAAUAACCUUUCUGAAGCAUUUAAAUAAACAUCGAUGUGAAUAUACAAUUCCUUAAAUAUUUGCAAAUUAUUAAAAAGGUUGUAGUUGAAUUAGUAAAUUUCAGCUAAAAAUAGGAAGGAAUCCAUUUUUCCUACUCUACUCAUAAUUAUUACAGUGUCUGAGUAUACUCUGUCAAACGAAGCCUUCAAGCAACUGUCUUCAUAUUGUUUUUAAUAUAAUUCUAAACAAGCUGUAAGCUGAAACUGAAUGUGUCAAAAAGAUACACAUAAUGAGAUUGCUACCAUUUUAUGGGAUAUUUACUACAUUUUGACACAUAAGACUUCUAGGAAUGACUGUAUCAAAGGAUGUUUUCAUAUUCCAAUUCCACCUGUACAGAAAAUCAUUCACCUUUAUUCAGAAAGGUAUUUCUUCAUCUGGGGAAGGAGGUGGGGAUGCUACAUUGCUGCCCUCUUUCUGAGAGGACCCUGCACUUACUCCUUUCAAAAUGCUUCAAUUUUACCAAUGCUACAUUUUGUUAAGUUUCAAACAAGUAGAAACUCUGCAAUAAAGAAAUGUAGUUGUUUUUUAA